AUGAAAUAUUAUUGAAAACUCAUUAGAAAAGAAAAAUGUAUACAUUAAGAUGGAGUAAUGGGAAAAUGUAACAUGAUAACGCAACAAACUUUGCUUCGGCUUAUUUUAAAACUUCUUGAUUCUAGUUUUUAUCUCCACCUUUUCAAUAUUUCACUUAAUCCUUUGAUAUUCUCCACAAAAAAUGAACACCACAGUACUCUAUCUUGGGUUAUCUUGUUAACUCAUCUAUAAAUACAAUACCAACGGCAUUCCAGUCAAUCCCACAAGACAGGUCUAGGGAGGGUACUCACACCUUAACCCUACCCAAAAGGGUAAAGAAGCUGUUUCUAGAAGACUCCCAGAUAAAGAUACAAACUAAAAAGAAUAGAAAAUGAAGAGAUGGCAGUAAGGGGUCCAAUAAGAGAAGGGGGCCAAUAAGAGAAGUAGAGAAGAAUUGAUGUGCCAAAUCCAAGAGGUAUACCAUGGUGCAAGCUUUUUGCAAAUGAUAGUUGCAGAUGACAAGGUUAACUCAUCUAAAGUGGAUACAUCCUAGCUAGGGGUAAUAUGAACCAAGGAUUAACUGUGGUUUCAAAGGACAAGGUUAAACUCAAAGUCUCACUUGUAAAUGACAAACAGUGGAAUAGUGGAUGUGCAUCCUAAAUAGAUUUUGACAGUUGCAUAUUUUAAAAAUCUUUGAUGCAUUUUGAAAAUGUAAUCCCAUGGCACAAAUAUGAAUUAGCUCAGUGAUAAUCUUUGAUGUAACCCAUAUAUGAUAUGAGAAUCUCAUCUCGGCUUGUCGCUCCUACAUUAGUUCUAAGAUUUGUCUUAGCACCUUGGUAGAUGUAUUUGACUAUACUUCCUUCCAUCAUUCCAUAUUUAUAAAUGAGUUGAUCAAUUUCCCUUGUUCCUUUUCUGUCUAUCCAUUUUUAAAAUCUAUGCAUGUUAACUAUAAUUUCUAGUUUUCCCUCAAUUUACCCUUCUUAUGUUGUGAAAUUUACUGUGUUCCCAGGAGUAACAAAAUGAGAGAUGUUUUUUUUGACAAGGGCAUUCAGACAAAGUAUAAGUUCUAAUUAAUUUAGUUUUGCAAUACAUUUUCUUAAACAUUAUGAACCUAGACAGAAGCAGGAAUGAUGGGAGAAUUUUCGUGAUACAACACUCUUUGUCAUUACCCUCCAUAAAGCUUCCCUUGGUACCUUAUCAUAAAGCUUUCUUCUCAUCUAUGAAACUAUGUGCAAGUUUUCAUAUCUAACCAGAUGGUAUUCCAUGAUAUAUGUAUAUACUUAAUUUCUGCUUUAUCAAAGUAUCAAUCCCUUAAUCCCUUAUAGAUUAGUACUAACUACUUAAGUGUUUUUUCUCCGAUCAUUUGUCAUUGUGACUGGCUCCCAGUUCUUAGCGAAAUAGUCUCUGGAUAAAUCAAUAUUGACAGUUCGAUACUCUCCAAGCAUUUUCAAACUUCAACGGGGGCUUCAUUAGGAUUAGGGUGAUGAUGAGUUUAAAGUUCAAACUAAUCUCUUUGUGGUUGCAUAGUAAGGAAAGUUAAAACUAAAUACAUUUUCAGAACUUGCAGUUGCUAGGAGAGAAUAUCUGUGAACAUUUACUGAUCUCCCUUCCACUCAGGUUAAAUUUCAUAUCAUCUCCCACCAUGAGCUUCGGCAAUGUAGUGGUCCUACUAUCUCGUCAACAUUACACCUUAACAUGGACCAGCUCAAGAAGGCAUUAACAACAUUGUUUGAUCUUUACGAGGCAAAUAGAAUAUCCCAAUGUAUAAACACAAAUGAAGCUGAAUUCCAUGCUUGUUAUGUGCUUCUACACCUUAGUUCUGAAAUCCAAGGAGAUUCAUUGUGUUUGUGGUUUCGACAAGUUCCUCCUGAAAUUUUGAAGUCAAAGGAAAUGUGUUUUGCCCGGAGAAUUUUGAGAUACUACCGAUUUGGAAACUACAAAAGGUUUAUCCAUACAACACAGUCUGAAGCAUCAUACUUGCAGUAUUGUAUUCUUGAGCCCUACAUUACUGAGGUUCGAGAAUUAGCUGUUUCCUCAAUGAAUCAUGGAGGAUACAAGCUUCAACCUAUUCCUCUGGCAGACCUAUCCAAACUCUUGAUGAUGACAGAAUGGGAUAUGGAGUCUUUCUGCAGAGACUGUGAGCUCGAGAUAUUCACCGAUGAAGAAGGAAAGAAGUGUUUGUCGUGCAAGCAAUCAUCUCUUGUCGCUCCCAAAAGUACAUUGCCGAAGUGUUACCCUCUAGAUUCACAACGAUUUGAGAGGGCAUCUUUUGAAUUAUGAGAGCCCUUGCUAUCGUAAAGUUCGGAGCGAAGUAUUGUUCUACAAAGGCCAAAAUGUGUCCGGGACCAAAGGAUCCCCAGAUCAAUCAGCUUAUUGCCAUUUGCAGCAAGUCAAAGUUCUUUUAGUACAUUGUAAUGUUUGCAUUUUAUUACUCAAAUCGUCCCGAUUUAGUUGUGUAUGCUAUUGCUAACACUAAGCAUAAUACGAAGCGAGAUGAAUUCAAACUUGAUCGGGGGAUGUAGUGUGGUAGGGACGUUGAUCCUAUAAUCAUAUGUAAGGUGUGCAUUUCACCAGUUGUAAACUAGCUAGUGUAUCAGAACUUGUGUAUUUUGAAUGCCCCAAAAAUCUGUAACAAAAAAAAGGAUAUGCCCUU